AUGAAUAUCAAUAACACUUUAGCUCUUGAAAAUACUCGAAUGAUUAAAAUAUAUGUUGAAAUAGAUCCUCGUGUAAGACCAUUACCCAUGAUUAUUAAAUAUUGGACCAAAAAAAAAAUUAUAAAUGACACCGCUCGCGGAUGUAUAUUGUCUUUGUACACUUGGAUAUGUAUGAUAAUCAAUUUUUUACAAAUGAGGAAGUCACCUAUUUUACCAUCUCUCCAUCAGCUUCCUCGUGAACAAAAUGAAAGCACUCUAAUUGAAGGUAUAGAUGUUAGUUUUUUUGAUGAUAUAGACACAUUUAAAGGCUUUGGUGAAAAAAAUACAGAAAGCGGAGAAGAACCUUUCAACACGAAAAGAAAUCUUGGAAAUACUGCAAAUGAUACAACUAUGAAAGGUCUUCAAAUUGAAUUCUGUAGAGAAUUUCAUCUUAUAGCAAGUCAUUGUGAUCUUAAAGAAAUUUAUGCUGAUUAUAUUUUUACUCAUAAGAAAAACAUUUAUAAAAUUAAUACAUAUUCUCCUCCCGUAUAUUGUUAG